CUUCACUGUGUACUCUGCAGCUGCCAGACCUGCUCCUGCUGCUGCUCAGGGAGAACACCUGGGAAAACCCUUUCCACUGAGAAGAUGAUGAGCUCAAGCUAUUGGAGUGAGACCAGCAGUAGCAGCUGUGGGACCCAGCAGCCCACAGAGGUCCUGCAGUGCCAGCCUCAGCAUUACCACUGUUACCAUCAGCAGCCUCCAGAAAAAAAUGUAGUGUAUGAGCGAGUGAGGACCUACAGUGGGCCUAUGAACAAGGUGGUGCAGGCCUUGGACCCCCUCGGCUCACGGGAAGUACUCUCCCCCCUCAAAACCGCCUCCUCCUACCAAAAUUUGGUUUGGAGCAACCAUUCUCAGGAGCUCCAGUCUCCAACUAUGAAAAUAUCUACGUGUGCACCAAGCACUUUACAUAUAACACAAAAUGCUGAACAGGAACUCCAUUCUCCAACAGUGAAAAUUACUGCAUAUCCACAAACCACCAUUAGUAGAUACAUAGUACAAAACCCUGAACAGGAAUGUUGUCCUCAAAUUCAUCAUCAUCAUGUCAUCCAACAACCCCAGAUUAUCCACUCUCCACAUUGUCAACAGUCCUGGUCUAGUCAUCAAAUCCAAUGCGCAGCAGAAAAUGAUUCAAAUAUUGGGCAUGACAUCUGCCAUGGUGGGCCAAGCCAAGUACAUGAACAGGUAAUAAUUCAUAAUGAUGGCCCUGAGAAAUUGGACCCUAAAUAUUUUGGAGAGUUACUUGCUGACCUAAGCCGCAAGAAUACAGACCUAUAUCACUGCCUAUUAGAGCAUUUGGAGAGAAUUGGAGGAAGCAAACAAGAUUUUGAGUCUCCAGAUACAUUGGAAGACAUUGAGUCAUUGAUUCCUAAAGGACUAUCAGAGUUUACAAAACAACAAAUUCGUUAUAUUCUGCAGAUGAGGGGUAUGUCUGAUAAGUCACUGAGACUAGUGCUGUCCACAUUUAGCAACAUCCGGGAAGAACUUGGACAUCUUCAAAAUGAUUUGACAUCACUGGAAAAUGACAAGAUAAGACUUGAAAAGGAUUUGGCAUUCAAAGAAAAUCAAAUAAAGGAAUAUGAAGAACUCUUGGCAUCAGUGAGAGCAAACAAUCGCCAACAGCAACAAGGACUUCAAGCCUCAAGUUCAAAAUGUCAGACAUUGGAAGAAAAUAACCUUUCUCUUCAACAUACACUGUCAGACAUGGAAUACAGACUAAAAGAACUAGAAUAUUGUAAACGUAAUUUAGAGCAAGAGAAUAAAAACCUUAGAAUACAGGUGUCUGAGACUUGCACAGGCCCGAUACUACAGGCUAAAAUGGAUGAGAUUGGCAACCAUUAUACAGAGAUGGUAAAAAACUUGAGACUUGAGAAAGACAGAGAAAUCGGCAAGCUAAGGUCCCAAUUAAACCAGUACCAAAAAGAUGUUUCAAAAAGAGAAGGAAGUUGUAGUGACUUCCAAUUCAAGCUUCAUGAAUUGACAAGUUUACUGGAAGAGAAGGAUUCUGUUAUAAAGCGUCAAUCAGAGGAACUCUCAAAGUUGAGACAAGAAAUAUACUCAUCCCAUAACCAGCCCUCCAGCAGUGGAAGGACUACAAUCACCACAAAAAAGUACAGGACACAAUAUCCGAUCCUAGGUCUCCUGUACGAUGACUAUGAAUAUAUACCACCAGGUAGCGAUACACAGACUAUUGUGAUUGAGAAAACUGAAGACAAAUGGACUUGUGUAAGUUUAUUUGGAUAUUUCUAG